AUGAAAGUGGGGUCUGCUUUCCAUUGCGCAAAGAAUUAUGAAACGGCUGCUUUCAUUUAUAAGGAUUUGAAAGAAUUUAACAAAAUGGCCGAAUUGGUGUCUACCGGUGGAGAAUUGCUCAGAAAAACGGGAGCCCCUGAUUCGGCUUCCUACCUAUACGAGCGAGCAGCCAAAGCGAUAGAACAAGCGAUUCCAGAACGGGCCGCUGAGUUCUACGAACGGUCCGCAGAUUCUUGUGAAGUAGAAGAUAAAUAUCACGAGGCUGCGGAUCAGUGUAAUAAUUCCGCUCGAAUUUGGGUUCGACUGCGUCGAUUCGCCGAUGCAGAACGCCUUUUGCGGCGUUUUAUUGAGUUCUCCAUAAAGGCCAAUCCCUGUUCUGCUGCGGCUACUCUGUCUGGUGUCGCGGACAGUAGUGCCGUCCCAAAACUCUGUUCUCGGGCUGUGGUGGUUAUGAUACUGAUCAAGCUGCAUCAGGAAGACGAGGUGGCAGCCAAUAAGAUUUUUGAUGAGGCUAUGCAAUGUUUGCUGUAUCAUUUCUUUUUCUCUCUCUGUCUUCAGUACGUUCGGUUGAUGAAAGAGAUAAAGAUUCCAGCCUAUGAUUUGGGUGUCGAUAAGAGUGAUGUGGAACCGAAACCUUCGGGCGCUGGACUAGGUUUGUCUCAAUUGUCCCCAGCCAAAUCCACGGCCCCGCGGAGUGUUGCAUCGGAACGGCCCGAGGAGCAGGAGGAGUACGAGACAUUUAGCAAUCAACCUCAGCCAACAACAACAACAACAACAACAACCAUGACAACGACGACGACUAGUGGUCCAGAAGAAGAGGAAGAAGAUAUUUGUUGA